UGUUAUAUUCUGACAUUCUGUGGCCAUUUUAGUACCAUACCAUACACGAUAUGUUUUGCAUGCGCGUCGCACACUUGCAUCGGCUUGUCACCCUCCCACUAUCGUGGAACCGAACCGGAGUGUCCAAUGUCCAUAGAGGCAUGAUAUAGGUAUUAUGGAAUAUAAUAAUAAAACCUCGUACGGGUCUGUGGCAGCAGCGAGACGCCGAGACCACACACGUGGUCACCUCUCUACCCGUCCCACCAUCAUCGCCACCACCACCGACCAACGACUACCACGGCCUCGCCGCAAUACCACACCAUCAAAAUAUCAAACCGCUUGCCGGUUGCCAGUUGCCGGCCCGCCAUUAUCGUGUAUUCGUGUGCCAAGCGCUCCUUGUAAAUUGUAAUAUUAUUAUUCUAUAUUCACAUUUGGCGCGCGCCUUAACAUUGUUUUAAUUUUGUAAUAUUUUACACGUUCGCCGCCGGCCGGAAACCCGAAAGAGAAUACUAAUAACGCUAAGAAUUUGACGGCAGACGUCGUGCCUAUUGUUUCUCUUGUCUGGACAUCAGGACGUCGUGUUGUAGCGGCAGAAAACGCGUUUCAUACAAACCACUCAUAACCGUUGUCCGAUCUCAUCUCAAAUGCUCACGUACCGUUUUCACGUGUCAUUGUUGUUGUACUCGGAUGACAUCCACAUCGAGACACGAUGAAACGCGACCGCGUGCGGAGCGCCGCCGCCAUCGUCUUCCAACUGUUGCUGCUGUGUAGUACGCCACAGGUGUUGUUAGGCUUGUCGAAAUCGAAAAGUAAGCUGCAGUACUGCGAGAGGCCGCAUUCACGAUGCUUGGACAUGAACCACUCGUUGUCAUGUUUGGGGGUGAAACUGCCUUACACGUCUACCUCUACGGAUCUCGUUCCGGAUGCCGAAACUCCAGAAGAAGCUCAGGAGCGAUUGCACUAUUGGCAAGGGCUCAAAAAAGUUCCAAAAUGUUGGGCGGCUAUCCAACCACUGUUGUGUGCAUUAUACAUGCCCAAUUGCGAGAAUAGCAGCUUACAUUUACCUCCACAGGAAAUGUGUAAACUUAUUGAAAACCAUUGUCAAAUUCUCAAAAUUGAAAAUUCAUGGCCUGCAGAAUUUAAUUGUGAAAAUGACACAAUCUAUCCUGCAAAAUUAUGCAAGAAUGAUUUGCGCGAGUUAAAGUUCAACUCAACGGCUGGUCGUUGUGAAUCUCCACUUGUACAAACUUAUAGACCUGAAGCUUAUCAUUAUCCUAAUUUUGAAGGUUGUGAUCUUCAGUGUUAUGACCCUUUGUUUUCUAUGGAUGAACACCGACAAAUACAUAAUCUUAUUGCGUGGACUGCUACUAUAGCUGGACUUUGUAAUAUAUUUGCUAUUCUUACGUUCAUGAUCGAAUGGCAAUCAUUAAAUCGAUAUCCUAACAUUGUAAUACUCUACAUAAAUAUAUGUUUUUUAUUCAUAUGUUUUGGGUGGUUAUCACAAUUUUGGUCUGGCACAAGAGAUGAUAUUGUUUGUAGGAAAAAUGGUGCUAGAAAAACAUCAGAACCUAGUGAUGAAGAUCUUUCGUGUGUUAUAAAUUUUGUUUUCUCAUACUACUUUUUAAUUGCUGCAUUUAUUUGGUUUGUUAUUUUUACUUACUCUCUUCACACGACAUUUCAAUCCUUUGGAAAAAUCCAAGAAAAGGUUGAUAAAAAAGGUGGAUAUUUUCAUUUACUAGCAUGGUCUAUACCAUUAGUGUUUUGUGUUGUCGUGAUGGUACUUGGAGAGAUUGAUGGUGAUAGUGUAACUGGCACAUGUUUUGUAGGCGUCAAUAAUAAAAUAUAUAGUAUUAUAUUUGUACUAAUACCAGUAUUAAUAUCUGUCCUGAUUGGAUUAUUUUAUUUGGUCCGAGUAUUAUUUGGACUCUUAGCUUUAAAAAAAGAGAGCACACAAGUAAUUUCCAAACAAGCAAAGUCAAAGAUUCAUUCAGCAGCAAUUAAAGUGAUAAUGUUCAUGAUAUUGAUUGUUGUAUUUGUUUCAUCAAUGUUUAUGUGUUAUAUUUACGAAUACAAUAAUGAUCAUUUAUGGAAAGAUAGUCUUAGAAAAUAUAUUGUGUGCAAACUUGGCAUUAUACCAGAUACAGAUAUAGGAAAUUGUCGUAUUGAGUUUAAACCAAGUGUAUCUAAAAAACAACUAUAUAUAUUAGUGUUAUUUGGAAAUGCAGUACUAAUGUCAUUUUGGGUGUGGACUAAUCAAAUUGGCAAUGCUUGGUGCGAGUGUUUAAUUCGUUGGUUAAAGAAAUUGCGAGGUCAUGAACAGAAAAACCAAGACUCUUCUAAGUAUAAUAAACAUAAGUUGAUUGCUAGCGCUUUUGCUAAAAGACAUCAACUUAAUAGUAAUGAUUUUACUGUUACAUUUUCAAAAGAAGAUCCGUUUGGUUUGGUAUUUGGUUUAAACAGUAACCUAACAGAUAACAUAAGUUCUACUUGGGCUGCUGCCUUACCCAAAUUUAUACGAAGACGUGGAGCAUUAACUGGUGAAGAACAACUAUCAGUAUCAUCUUCAUGUUUGCAGUCAGACUCAGAAAUUAGUUAUAGUAUGUGUAGAGUUUCUGUGGAAUCUCGUAGUCAUUCAUUAGAUUCUACCAUAUCAGUAAAAGCAUUUGAAAUGACUCGUAAAGUCCGUCGAUUUUCCAAACAUGUUAAAAAAAAACAUAAAAGAAGUAAUAAAUUGCUGUGCAAACUACCAUCAUCUCAGAAGGGAAGUGUCACGUCUCAAGAUAUAAAUCGUCAAUUAACGUUGACAUUUCCUGAAUUUGAAAAUGUGUGUUCACAGCGUGAUACAGAAUUACAACUAACUGCUAUUCCUAAUUUAGAAAGAAGAACAGCUUCAGCUGGCAUUGAUGAGAGUCUUAAAGAGCAAAUGAAAACACUGAAAACCCUUUCAAUAUCAUCCUUAAGUAUGGUUAAUACAAAACUGUUACAGAUGAGUCUUAAGGGUUUAACCAGUAGUAAUCAAUCUGAACAGUUUAUACUAGAAGAUUUCACUAAAUAUGACAGAAGAGGGAUGUAUAAAUCAGUUGCUAUCGUGGACACAGACACAAACACUGACACGGAGGAAGAAAAAAAAUCAUCCAAUAACUCUGAUACAGAUUAGGAUUACAGAUAUUACUUUUUUACAUAAGUUAGGAAUAACAAAAGUUCCUAAAAUUUAGGGAGACAUGCUCCA